AUGGCUGGGAGAAACGAUGCUGUGAUUGCUGCUGCUUUGGAGGCUAUGGCUCAAGCUCUGGAACAUCAACCUAAUGCUGGUGAGAAUGCUGGAUCUCGCAGUUUGGCUAAUUUCCAGAGGGAGAACCCGCCGGUCUUCAAAGGCAAGCAUGACCCUGAUGGAGCCUUAGAGUGGUUGAAAGAGAUCGAGAGGAUCUUUCGUGUAAUGGAUUGUACUCAGGCACAGAAGGUUCGCUAUGACAUAAAGAAGUGGUUUGUUUUAAUUGCGGUGAAGAAGGACACAUUGGAAGUCAAUGUCAGAAACCCAAGAAGGCACAAGCUGGUGGUAAGGUAUUCGCAUUGGCUGGUACUCAGACAAGCACUGAGGACAGACUCAUUAGAGUUGGGUCUUGUGCUAUCUUCGAUGAAUGGCGAGAUGGUAGUUGAGGUUCCAGCUAAAGGAUCUGUGACUACAUCUCUUAUUUGUUUGAAAUGUCCGUUGUCGAUCUUCGACAGGGACUUUGCUGUUGAUUUAGUAUGUUUACCGUUGGCCGGGCUAGACGUAAUUUUGGGAAUGAACUGGUUAGAAUAUAACUAUGCUCACAUCAAUUGUUAUAACAAGACUGCCGAAGAAGAAGAAGCUGGCUUAGUGUCGUCUAAGCAGGUACGACAAUUGCUGAAGGAAGAGGUAGAGAUGUUCUCGUUGAUGGCAACAUUGUCAAUCGAGAAUCAGAACAUCAUCGAUGAGCUACCGGUAGUAUGUGAAUUCCCCGAAGUUUUUCCCGAUGAGAUUCCCGAUGUGCCGCCAGAAAGAGGAAUUGAGAUGUCCGCAUCUGAGUUGACGGAAUUAAAGAAGCAAUUAGAAGACUUACUGGAGAAGAAAUUUGUCAGACCAAGUGUAUCGCCGUGGGGAGCUCCAGUGCUGUUAGUGAAGAAAAAGGACGGAAGCAUGAGACUUUGCGUAGAUUAUAGACAACUGAAUAAAGUAACCAUUAAGAAUAAAUACCCGUUACCGAGGAUAGAUGAUUUGAUGGACCAAUUGGUGGGUGCGAGUGUUUUUAGCAAGAUCGAUCUGAGGUCGGGCUACCAUCAGAUUAAGGUCAAAGAUGAAGAUAUACAGAAGACAGCAUUCAGAACAAGAUAUGGACAUUAUGAAUAUUCAGUGAUGCCAUUUGGUGUUACGAACGCGCCAGGAGUAUUUAUGGAAUAUAUGAACCGUAUCUUCUGUGAGUAUUUAGAUCAGUUCGUCGUGGUGUUCAUAGACGACAUCUUGAUAUAUUCUAAAUCAGAGCCAGAGCAUUCAGAUCAUUUGAGGACGGUAUUACAAGUGUUGAAAGAAAGGAAGUUGUAUGCGAAGUUGUCCAAGUGUGAAUUUUGGUUGAAAGAAGUCAGUUUUCUAGGACAUGUCAUAUCUGGUAGCGGCAUUGCUGUAGACCCAUCUAAGGUAGAUGCCGUGUUACAAUGGGAGACUCCAAAGUCAGCUACCGAGAUUAAAAGUUUCUUGGGCUUAGCCGGUUACUACAGACGGUUUAUUGAAGGAUUUUCUAAGUUGGCACUUCCAUUAACUAAGUUGACGUGUAAGGGUAAAGUGUUCAUAUGGGAUGCACAAUGUGAAGAAAGUUUUGUGGAAUUGAAGAAGAGAUUGACGACAGCCCCGGUUUUGACAUUACCAAACCCAGGAGAACCUUUUGAAGUUUAUUGCGAUGCUUCUUUGAUGGGUUUAGGUGGUAAGGAGUUGAACAUGAGACAGCGAAGAUGGUUAGAACUGUUGAAAGAUUAUGAUUUCGGGUUGAAUUAUCACCCCGGUAAGGCAAAUGUUGUGGCCGAUGCCUUAAGCCGGAAGACCUUGCACAUGUCCGCUAUGAUGGUUAAAGAAUUAGAACUGAUCGAACAAUUCCGAGAUAUGAGCUUGAUUUGUGAAGUGACCCCGCGUAGUGUUAAGUUGGGAAUGCUCAAAAUUGAUAAUGACUUUCUGAGCAGUAUCAAAGAGGCUCAGAAAUUGGAUGUGAAAAUAGUGGACAUUAUAGUUGGUUGUGGCAAAUCCGAGAAGAGUGAUUUUAAGGUGGACGCGCAAGUAGUGUUGAGAUUGCGGAAUCGAAUCUGUAUCCCUGAUGACAAUGAUAUGAAAAGGAUGAUUUUAGAAGAAGGCCAUCGAAGUAACUUGAGUAUUCAUCCUGGAGCUACUAAAAUGUAUCAAGACUUAAAGAAGAUAUUUUGGUGGCCGAGGAUGAAAGAAGAUGUGGCACGGCUUACCAAAUCAGCCCAUUUCAUACCUAUUAACAUCACGUAUCCGGUGGCAAAGUUAGCUGAGAUCUAUGUCCGAGUGAUUGUGAAGUUGCAUGGUGUAGUACUUGGACCGGAAAUUGUACGAGAAACCACAGAGAAGGUAAAAAUGAUUCGGGAAAAGAUGAAGGCUUCACAGAGUAGACAGAAGAGUUAUCAUGACAAGCGAAGGAAGGAGUUAGAAUUUGAAUCAGGUGACCAUGUGUUUCUAAGAGUCACGCUUGUAACUGGUGUUGGUCGUGCCCUGAAGUCAAAGAAGCUGACUCCACGAUUUAUCGGUCCUUAUCAGAUUUCAGAGAGAGUUGGUACUGUCGCUUAUAGGGUGGCGUUACCGCCUAACCUGUCGAAUCUGCACGAUGUGUUUCAUGUGUCACAGCUUCGGAAGUAUGUUCCAGAUCCAUCUCACGUGAUUCAUAUGGAUGAUGUGCAAGUGAGAGAGAACCUUACAGUAGAGACGAUGCCGAUUCGGAUCACAGAUCGUGAGAUAAAGUCCGUUAGAGGUAAAGAUAUCCCGUUGGUGAAAGUAUUCUGGACGGGGACUACCGGAGAAAGCAUGACGUGGGAAAUGGAGAGCAAGAUGCGAGACUCCUAUCCCGAGUUGUUUGAACGAGUUUAA